AUGGUGUCCAACCAUCAUUUUACUCGUAUAGACACGGUCGAGCUGAAAGAGCAUAUCAUCCGGAAAAUUGGUCUUCAGAGAGCAGAGAAGUACUUUGACCUGCUCAACCGAUUUUUUGCCAUGAAGCUCAGCAAGUCCGAAUUCGACAGGAGCUGCAUUUGUGUGAUUGGCCGAGAGAAUCUCCCUCUCCACAACAACCUCAUCCGGUCCAUUCUCCAGAACGCGUGUCAGUCCAAAAUCCCCCCUCCUCAAAAACCGCUAAAAAAGCCUGAGAAUCUCGGGGUCAAAAUCGUAAAUGGCUACCAGAGGAAUUGUCUCCAGUCUCUUCAGUCCCCUCGCAAGUGCAGGUCUCCAGUCAGCCGGGACCGAAAGCUCCGGGACCGCCCGAGCCCAUUGGGCCCGUUGGGAAAAAGCCCAAGCCUGACGUGUGAGGAGACCUUCACGAGGACUCAGGAACAGCAGCAGCAGAGCGCGAACGAGCUGCACUCGAUCGGUAGCCGGCCGAUGGUUAUUGAAGAAGGCGAGGAAGUCGAACAGUUGAGCGAGAGCCUCGAUUUUCGGAGGUGGGGCCCACUCACCGCCCCUAUUGGUGUCUCGGUUAAUUCGGGUGGUGGACCCCACCGGAAGGAUAUUUCUUGCGGCGGGUAUACGUUUGAUGAUGAUUUACGUGAAAACUGUGAGAAUAUUGGGUUUUUGCCAGAUACGAAGUCUUUGAGGAGUCGAUUGCAGAAGAAGUUUGCUUCAGAGGGAAUUGGGAUUUCUUUAGAAUGUGCGAAUUUGUUGAAUAACGGCUUGGAUGCAUUCUUGAAGAGGCUUAUCAAGCCGUGUGCGGAGAUAGCUCUUUUGCAGGGGCAAUAUAGUCAUAGUAAGAAUUUUAAUAAUCAGAUGGUGGGAAGGCCGAGCCAUAUGAAAACCGUGAGCAUGCUGGAUUUUCGGGUUGCGAUGGAAUCGAAUCCUAGGGUUCUUGGGGAAGAUUGGCCUUUGCAGCUCGAGAGAAUUUGCCAUUACGCAUCGUGCUAG